AUGCGGUUCGACAACUUCACCUCGGACGCCUUUGAUAUCGACAACGGGAUCGGUCAAGGCUGCCCAUUCUCCUUCCUCAUAUACUUGUACUACAGUGCUGACGCCCUCGACAUCCCCACCGGCCCCAGCGAGUUCGCCUCAGGCUACGCCGACGAUACCAUCUUCAUCGCCACCGGAAAAACCUUUGACGAU